AUGAAGUUCAGCCUGUUCCUUGCCCUCUGCUUCCCCUUCUGCCUGGUGGGCAUCGCCAGCUCAGAAAAGACCUCAGCCCAUCUCGAGCGAGAGGCUCCCCAGGAACUGCUCCAAACUCUGCCUGCCCUGUGCCGGCUCCCCCCCGUCGAGGGCCCCUGCCGAGGCCAUUUCUACCGCUAUUUCUACAACUCUACAGCCCAUGAAUGUGAGCACUUCACCUACGGUGGCUGUCGGGGCAAUGCCAACAACUUUGAGACCACAGAGAUGUGUCUGAGGGUCUGCAAACCCCCCGGUGAGUCCUCUUACAGAAACGGCAGAAGCAAAGGUGGCCCUCGGGUGGUGGUGCUCGUGGGAAGGGAGACGGUAGGAUGAGGACGGUGGUGGUUGAUGCCAUGGUGAUGUUGCCACGGGAGGCGAUGACGUCAGGAACGACCAGCACGUGUCAUGAAGAGGUGCUGGUGGCAGUGGAGGGAGGGCCGUGGGGUGGAGACAGCAAGGCUGCGGUUGACGGCGGGCGGCAUGGGUGGCGAAGACGAAGGCGGUAUUGGCGAGUGUAGUAAGGUCUUGUCGUGUUAGUGGUGCUGCUGGCCCAGGGAAGGCAGCAAUGUAACCUUCACGGGGGAUGACGGUGUUGACAGACGAUGAAGGCGAGGGUGGCAGUGAUCAGGGUGAGAGGUGAGAGAACUGCAGGGGUCCCCGGGAGGGUGGCUGUUGAAGGGGGUGGGUAAGGGGUCCAGCUGAUGGCCCUGGCCCUAGGCCACCAAAAGACCGGCCAAGAAGGAAAUUGACUGUUAUCUCUAUUACAGGGACAAGGUAAAAAGCCACCGAAGACCGGGCCUGCAUCUUCCUAGCCUUGACCGAAGGCUGGCUGGGCCUCCCUUCCUGCGCUCAGGCCCUGCUUGGAACCCAUCCCGGAACCCUCUGGGCCUGGGUCAAUAAAGCAUUCCAAGCCAGUGUGGCCUGAGGCCUUCUUGCAAGGGCGCAGAACCUGUCCUCACAAAUUGCCCACGGCCACCUCAGCAACCAAGGGUGAUCAAACCUGCACCACCCCCACCCCUAUUCCCUCAGGCCCUCAUUGUCCUGUGCCCUCAGAAGGAUGAGGACAAAGGACACAAGCUCCCUACCACCAGGGGGUCCUCCUCAUGGAGGCCAGACUGAAUGCAAAACUGGGGACCUGCGUG